CUUCUUACAGGCAGGGAAACCCACUCCACCGGAAUAGGUUAUCAGCGCAAGAUGACGGCGCGGCCUUGACAUGUUGCCCUCUGUUGGUUCACGCCGCUUCUAACAGCCGUCCGGCGAAGGAAACCGGCGGGCGAAAGAGUGCCACUCACCGGAGAGCUUUCACUGCAGGAUUUGCUUGGACCGUACCGUCCCUGGUGUCUCUCUCCGUUCUCGUUGUGCAGCGGGAGUCCCUAAUCUAAGGCAAUGCCGCAUACAUCAGGCUGGUUCGACGCAUUCCGAGAAAAUGGGGGUCCUACUCUCUACAGCGGCGACAACCGAACUUCCGUCUGGGUGGACGCCAGCGAGGCCUUUGUGUAUCUCGCCUUCAGCACGCUCCUGGUAGCUUUCCUCUUGGUUGUGCCAGGCAUUCGUAAAGAACGCUGCACGACUGUGUUCUGUGUCUCAACCAGUCUCCUCGUCGGUGCUGCGAUGCUUCUGGGAAUCUUCGGUUCCGGUUGGCAUACUGGACAUGCAACUACAAACUCGUACUACAGGGCGUUCUCCGUGGAACGAGUACGAGCUCACGUCGGGGUACACGUCGGCCUAUACUCCGUGAACGUGACGUACAUGGAGCUCCCCGACUCCAACGGCACCAUGAGAGACAUCAACUACAACGAGCAGUUCAAGUGGGAGAAGGCAACGUCUCUGCAAGACGAGUACCGGAAGGCCCUGGCCAAAGGACUUCCGUUUCCCAUCCUGACCAUGUUGGACUAUUUCAGCCAAGAUGCAGGAGGAUUCCUCUGGGGGAGGUCCUAUCGGAAGGCAGGCGACUGGGCCCAGUUCCUUCUGUGGGCGGCGUUUACUGCGUGGCUUCUCGCCAACGUACUUCUGUGCGCUGUACCACGUUACGGCGCGUACGCGCUCCAAGUGUGUGGCGCCCUCAUGGUACUGUCGACCAUAGUCUACUACGGGCUCCUGCCUCGAUUCCCACUGGUCGUUCCCUUGGAGACGGAUGUGCUGAGGUUGACCUUGGGGUGGAACUACUAUAUUGUGCUUCUUAUUGGUAUACUGGCCGUUGUAGUGGGCGGCAUAAUGGCUGUGGUCGACAUCAUCUAUCCGAGCAAGUUCGCAACGAUCCUCGAAGUGGACUACGACACUCCCUACCGGUACUUUGUGGCUCAAGGCAACCAGAGCAGUCGCAACACCAGUGCGGUCAAUAGCGUCAACAACAGUCCAGUGCCGUUACCGAAAUAUCAUAAGAUGGGGAGAGUCGAAGAUGACAAUGCCAUUCCUUUCAACGGACCUUCCUCCAGCGGCUUUAACCAAUUAGACGACGCAAUCGUCGUUCCAUCGGACGUUCCGGACGAUGACGAUGACGAUUCAGACGGCGACGAGGACGCCAUAGCCAAAGCCAGCAGAAAGUCCAAGAGCGGCAUCGACAACGCCGCCUUUGAGCAAGGCAGCGAAGAUGGUUGUGUUAUGGUGGACGGUAAACGUGCUGUGACGUUGCAGGACUUCGGAAAGUUUGCAGACGCCCUACGCAGGUCUGGCCGCAAGAAAAUCGCCGGCGCCAAACGACGUGCGUUCGCUAGGAGCAUGGGAUUUAGUGUUAAGGACGAUAUUACUAUCAAUAUUCAAGACGAAAGUGCGAACAAGUAAGGCACGCCGUGAUAUAGUCUCGUGCAGAUACCCAUGAAAAAUUCGGGAAAAGACGUUCGGGACGUGUGUGCCAAGCACUUGCAACGUAUUAUUUGCAGUUGCGGUUGGAAGAAGUGCCAAUGCAGGCGCAUGGUUCAUGUCUUCCGGUGGAGUGCGCUGCAUCGGUGCGCUUGCGUCUGCAAGAAUUGAUACCUGAUGUAGAUGGGAAGGUGGCUGCUAGUAUUCACUGAGAACGUCCUAUGGCACAGAUCUUAACAGUGACUUUACGUUGUAUAUGGAUAUGUACAAUGUUUCUAGGCGUAUGUACAAUGUAAUGUUUCUAGGCGGUUGCCCUUCUCAUCCAAGUUUGGAUGCAAGCCGCAAGACCAGCAAUGGCACCAAAAUAUCUGUAGGCGUGCGGUCCUUGACGCUUGAUGCGGAAAGCAGGCUAAAAUACAUGCGGCGAUGACCAGUUCCAGGAGACUGAGCUAAUAGGCUCCUGGAUGAAUUGAACGUGUGACGUUUUCCCAUCUGCUUGCUUCCGAAGUGUUCGCAUUGCUGUAAAUAAUUACCCAUUAUUUAUUUGUUUUACCUACACUGAAUCACGAUUGUGUUUUUAUUUA